AUGAAAAUACUGAUGAUCCACGGCCCUGGAAAAAAACUGAUCCAGCGAGGCCUCGGCCCUCUUCAGCCGGGAGCCGAACUUGUCUACCCGACGGCCCCCUUCUCGCUAGGGUCCUCCGGUGGCACGUCCGAACUGCGGGAUCGGCACGGCGCAUGGACAUGGUUCGAAACUGAAUCUAUCGACGGAUUAUACCACGGGCUAGAAGGUGGCUUGAGCUCCAUCGGGUCUAUCCUGAAGCAUUCCGGGCCGUCCGAUGGGGUUGUCGGCUUUAGCGAGGGGGCUGCUGCGGCCGCUAUGGUCGCCUCGCUUUUGGAAAAAAAUAGAAAAGAUGCAUUUGACCGGUUGGAAGCGGAGGGUGGAAUCCCAUAUCCGUCUUGCUUCGCCACCCUUGACCACCCCCCUCUCAAGUUCGUGGUCAACUUUUCAGGAUAUACCGCCUCACAUCCAGCUUAUCGCGCUUUUUACGAUCCCUCCAUUCGGACGCCAACGCUGCAUUUCCUGGGUAGUAUGGAUAAUGUCGUGGAUGAGAAUGCGUCAAUGAGGUUAGUAGAAAGCUGCCAGGAGUUGGAGGGUGAAAAGAAACCGAUUGUUAUUUGGCACGCGGGUGGACACGUGGUACCAAGUGGAAAGCGAGAACUCGCUGCGGUUGUGCAUUUCAUCAAGUCCAACGGAAGUUGA